AUGGGAAACCAACUAAAAUAUGCUUCCAAGUGCCAGAAAUGCAAGAAGGGUCUCGACAUCUGCAAGGUCGGAUUCCAUGGCUCGGCCCUGGCUUGGAGGACCUGCUGCCUACCUUGUUCUUGUGGAGAGAAAUACUACGAAGAAAAGCCAGUGUUGCAAGGCCUCUUUCGGCUCCCGAAUAUAAGCCUGGGCCACCCGGGCCUUCGGCCCCGUUCGUCUGAAAACGAGGCGGCUGAUACCAUCGAGUACGGCGACUCCCGGGUAUACGAUACCACGGCAUACGACACCACUCCCUUCCUAAUGCCGGUAGCGACAGAAUCGACACCUACACAUGCGGUGGCCGCUCGUCCCGCAGAUGACGCCCGCGCGUAUACCGCGUCCAUUCCGCCUCUUACCGCGACACCCUACACUAGCUUCUCUUACCCUACCGUGUCUCGCAGCGCCACACUUUACGCAGCCGCGUCUUACAUACCAGCUUGUUAUCUGGCAGCAGAUGGAACGGCAUACACGCCGCGGCAAUUGAUGCGGCUCCCACCUUGGCCCCUGGUGAGUCGUCCAACCGUAGUGUACCACUGGCAUAUACAGCCGCUGCCCCAACCGACCAACUUUGCCCCACGGCAGAAGUCACUCACAACCCCUCCAACCCUUCAGCCAUGGAUGGUUCGUAACCCCUGGCAUCGCCACAACACACUUGUCGCGGUCGCCGUUUACUUCCCUCAUAAACCCACCCAGCAUGCGAAGUGUGGAUUCCAUCGAGGGUUCCAGCUUGACAACCUCAGUACUGAAUACCAACCAACAACCGCGGACGGUUUCGAGGUGGUCCGGGACGUUUGCAACAAACCUGCCAGUAUCUUGUCGAAAGCCGAGCUGGACGUCGCGGAGCACAUGCUUCCCCCUUUUGACCAACCAUACCCAGUUGUGACGAACCUACUUCAGGACCCUGUCCUGUUAGGGUUCAGCUUCGGUCGAAGGUAA